AUGAAUCGGACAGUUGCAAUCUGUGGCCAGAGGUCUCUUGCUCGUUUUAAGUACGCGGCUGUUACGGGGCUUUUGACCUUGAAAGUACCCCAAGGUGCCUUAUUUAAUAUGCUCGUUGCCGCUAUUGGUUUCCUUGAAGGGUUUGAUGCGCAUGGUUUGUCUUUUUCUGUUGAUGUCCCUGACGGAGCGUUCUGCAAGACGAGGCCUAUUGGUUGUUGUUAUACAGAAGUAUCGCGUGUUUCCUCACUACCAAAGCUGAUGCCGACGGAGCAGACAAGCGCAUCCACCAGGAACCGUUAUUCGAUGAAUGCAAAGACAUGUGAAUCACAACCACCACACAGCGUUGAGAACAUUCCAUUUCGCGUAUUCAUCGACGUUGCUGACGGACCCCUCGCUGGUGAGGAAUUUUUGUACGAUAAGUUGAAAACUGUGAGCUGCCCGUGCAUAUCCAUGAAGGUGAUGGCCGUUUUCUUUGCAGCUGGUGUGACAGCGCCAAAAGAAAUUAUGUUACCGUUUUUUGAUCGCGUUGCCACUCAUGACAAAACAACAGCGAUGAAUCUUGCGUCCUUUCUCGAAUACGAAAUGAAUAUAUCGAGUUAUGUAAGGUUUCUGAAAAGUGGCCAAACUAAGCAACACUAUCCAAAUCGUUCCAAGCUGGAGGAAAUAAUGAAAUUUGCUGCACGAAGUAAUUGUGGUGAAACACAAAUUGCUUCCCAAAGAGGUGGGCCAACAAGGAGUAGCCGGUUGCAGCGUACACGCGAAAGGAAGUAG